AUGACAAAAUUCAAUAACCCAAAAGCGAAAAGGGUUAAGUCAAAUCUGAAACUUACCGAGUCAAAGUUGGUAAAAAAGAGGACCACGUUAAAAGGAAGAAAUACUAAAAAAGCCACUGUCACAGAGGUAUCACGCGAAAAAACUGAAAAGGCAUCACGCUAAUAGGCAACAUGCAAAGAGACAUCACGCAAAGAGCCAACAACGCAAAAAGGCAUAACGCAAAGAGGCAUCACGAAAAGAGCCAACACGCAAAAAGGCAUCACGCAAAGAGGCAACACGCAAAAAGGCAUAACGCAAAAAGGCAGUACUCAAAGAGGCAACAGGCAAAAAGGCUGUACGCAAAAAAACAUAAACGCUAAAAGGCAACACGCAAAAAGGCAUCGCAAAAAAGGCAGUUUGCAAAAAAGGGCAAUUUGCAAAAAGGGCAUCACGUGA